AUGGAUGCUUUCCAUUUACUCCUUGGAAUACCAUGGCAAUAUGAUGUAGUCUCAAGACAUGAUGGGAGGAAAAAUGUCUACAAGUUGACUAAAAAUGGUGUGCAAUACACUAUGACUCCACUACCAGAUGAUGGUAAGGACAAUCACGUUGUGACUAGUGUCAUGUUAGUAGGUAAAGAGGAGUUUAUGCAAACAAUCAAAGAGAAGGUUACCCCAUGCUUUUCCAUAGUGGUGAAGACAAGAGAAGAAGUGAGAAAGAAAAUGGAAGACAAGGUGCAAGAAAGGACUACAGGUCCUAGGGAAGUGAAGGAAUUGUUGGAAAGAUACAAGGGUAUAGUUGCAGGAAGCAAACCAGAGACCUUGCCACCUUUAAGAGAUGCAAGUCACUGUAUUGACCUUAUACCAGUCUCAACAUUUCCCAACAAAGAAGCAUAUAAAUUGACCCCUGAUCAAAAUGAAGAACUUGCAAGGCAAUUACAUGAAUUGCUAGAAAAGGGUUCAUAA